CACCACCACGUGCCCGCCAGCGCCUCUAGUGGGCCGCCCUUGCCCGGCUCGCCCGUCCGCCCGCUCACCACCGGCAAACCUCGAGCCCUUGAACGGAGGCAAUCUGGCGAAACGACAAGAUUCUCAAAACCGCGAUGUCGCCACAGUCGCACUCUUCUUGAAUUGUACUUCAUCCUGCGCCGUAUAUAUAUUUUUUAAACUAAAUUUUUCCCAACGAAUCUUUGAAGGUUUGGAGUCAAGCCACCGCCGUGGUGGGAAAAGCGGCUGACGGUCUCCGCCGCCGCCGCCGCCUGCCGGGAUAGGCGCGCCCCAGGGCGGCCGAGCUUCUAGCCGAGGCGCGGUGUGCAACGCCGCCUGGGGCCUAGCGGCUCGACCUUGGGUCCGUCAAGUUGGCGUUCUUGAAGCACAUGCAGUCUGAUUUCUGUUGAAAGGGUUGGCGGCGGGGCUGAGGAGGUUGGGGAGGAGCGGGUUGGUUUUGGGAGAAUUCGACAGAAUCGACGUUUAACAUGGGCGUGAGGAAAGACGUGAGGAUCCUGCUGCUGGGAGAACCCAAGGUGGGGAAGACCUCCCUGAUUAUGACCCUUGUCAGCGAGGAGUUCCCAGAAGAGGUGCCUCAUCGAGCGGAGGAGAUCACAAUACCAGCAGACGUCACGCCGGAAAAGGUCCCCACGCACAUUGUGGACUACUCGGACAUCGAACAGACUGAUGAAGAACUACAGGAGGAGAUUCUCCGGGCUCACGUGGUGUGCGUGGUCUAUGCAGUGGAUGACCAAGAUUCCAUUGAGAAGAUCACGAGCAAGUGGGUGCCGCUGAUAAACGAAACCGUCGGCAAAGAUGGAAGGAUACCCAUAAUCCUAGUGGGCAACAAGACGGACUUGGUGGAGCAGAGCUCAAUGGAGGCCAUUCUUCCCAUCAUGAACCAGUACUCCGACAUUGAAGCAUGUGUGGAGUGUUCGGCACGGGUGCUGCGCAACAUCUCGGAGGUUUUCUACUAUGCCCAGAAGGCGGUGCUGCAUCCCACGGGGCCCCUGUACUCGCCGGAGGAGAAACAGCUGAGGCCGGGGUGUGUGAAGGCUCUCACCCGAAUCUUCAGGAUCUCGGACCAGGACAACGAUGGGCUGCUCAAUGACACGGAGAUCAACUACUUCCAGAAAACCUGCUACAAGUCGCCCCUGGCUCCCCAUACGCUGGAGGACGUCAAGAACGUGGUGAGGAAGAACACGACCAACGGCGUGCUGGGUGGCGCCCUCACCUUGGAAGGCUUCCUGUUCCUGCACACGCUGUUUGUGCAGCGCGGGCGGCACGAGACGACAUGGACGGCGCUGCGCCGCUUCGGAUACGACGAGGGCCUGGAUCUCACUGAUGAGUACCUCUACCCGUCGCUCAAGGUUCCUUCUGACUGCACGACCGAGCUCAACCACCACGCCUACAACUUUCUGCAGAGGAUCUUUGAAAAGCAUGACCUGGACCGCGACGGGGCGUUGAGCCUGGAGGAGCUGAAGGAGCUGUUCGGAGUGUUUCCCUACAUGCCCUGGGGGCCCGACGUCAAUCACACGGUGCUCACCAACGAGCGAGGAUGGAUCACCCAGCAGGGAUACCUGGCGCAGUGGACGCUCACGGCGUACCUAGACGUGCACCGAUGCCUCGAGUAUCUGGGACACCUGGGGUACCCGCUCCUCGCCGACCAGCCCUCCCAGGCCUCGGCAAUCACAGUGACGCGAGACAAGAAGCUGGAUCUGAUGAAGAAGCAAACGCAGCGGAACGCGUUCCUGUGCAACGUUUUCGGCGUGCGAGGAGCUGGAAAGAGUGCGUUCCUGCAAGCCUUCCUGGGGAAGAACCUGUCCAGGCAGAAGCGAAUACGGGAAGAGCACCGGUCGCUGUACGCCAUCAACGCCCUCUCCAUCUACGGACACGACAAGUACCUGCUGAUGCAUGAAAUCGACACGGACUCAGAGUUCCUGGCAUCGGGCGACGUGCGCUGCGAUGUCGCCUGCCUCCUCUACAACGUGGACGAUCCCCACUCCUUCGAGUACUGUGCUCGCAUCUUCAAGCAACACUUCCUGGACAGUCGCGUGCCAUGCGUGGUGGUGGCCACAAAGUCAGACCUCGGCGCCGUCAAGCAGCUGCACGGGCUGAGCCCCGCCGAGUUCUGCCGCAAGCACCGGCUGCCGCUGCCGGCGCCCUUCACGCCCGGCGUCGGUGACGCCGAAACCCCAUGCCGCGACAUCUUCCUCAAGCUGCUCACGGUCGCCAUCUACCCCCACUCCCAGUUAGACUGCCUGUGUAACUGCAACAAGUGUACACUCUGCGUGUGUCAAAACCUGCUGGGCUCGGCCCUGCUACGCGGCCUCCGGAGCCGCCUCGUCGCCUCCCUGCGCUCCAGGUUGUGGGAUUGUCUGGAGGAGCUGGGAGUGAUAGUGCUGUCCAGCGGGGAGCGGCGAGGCCCCCCGCACCAGGUGCACGCUGUCGCGCUAGGUGAGGGGAGCGCCUUCUUGGGAGUGUCACUCCCUCGAAGGCACUGGCAAGAGUGCGAGGCGCGGGGCUCGUCCGUGUGGCUUCGCGCCAGCAUCGGGGCCGCCAUGAUCGCGCUGCUCGGCCUGGGUGUUUACCGCGCGCUCGUGCGGACGCAGCGGUGACCAGCGAGCGCUGUGAACACCGCCGGGCGCCCCCCCCUCCACCACACCCUCACCCCCACCACCAUGGACCCACUGCGGUCGUAGUUCCGCGAGACACGACCAGAGGCACCUUGGAGGGAGUCUGGACGAGCAUCGCCCAAUGUCUGGAGUCCUCGUAACCGACGUUACUACACUUACGCUGAUGGAAAGUGGGGUCGGGGGGGGAUGCACAAAACGACCCCCAGCAUGAGUGGGACAAGGACGACAACAGCAAGAAGUGCCUGUGCUUCACAAGUGUCCAAGGGAACAAGCUUAGCUCCGUGGCCCUCUUGGUAAAGUUGGUCACCGUUGUCGGCGGGUAAUGGAAGUUUAAACGACCUAAUAGGUUUUCUUUAUUGCCUGACGUGCUCGUCCCCAUCGAUUUGUAUAUUCAGUGAUGAGCACGGGGACUUGAGAAAAUGCCAAGAGGUUUGGAAGUGGUCUCACCUACAAGGUGCGUGACUGAAUGUUGCCCAUAUCGCACAGGAAAUCCGUGAAGAGUGAGUGCCUCGAUUGAUGAACCCUCUGGUGUCAAGCGAACGAGCAUGAUAAAUUAACUUAAAACGAAUGUUAAAUUUUUCUUCCGUACAUUUUCAUUUUAAACGUUACUCUGGAAAUCCCUUGUGUUAUUUUUGUUGUAAAAUGCAUUUCUCUAUUUCGCCACAAGUGGUCUCUCCUCACUUGAUGUGGCAUAUAUUGCACUGUAAUGGAAGUGCUUUAAGACAUCGUUACUGAUUAUGCUUUUUAGUGACGCCACACCGUGAAAAAUGAAACGUCCAUCGACUCGAGUUGCUUACGAUUAUAGCGUGUUGUGUUCGAGGGACACGUUUGUGUGCAUUUCGAACGACGAAGGCUUCCGUUAGGGAGCUGCGAUGAAGACAUGCUGCAGUCAGGCAGGCGGUUGCUAGCAGUGGAGAAUUGUUUACGUUUGCUGGUAGUGCACUAAUGGUCAAAGCAUAUUUUAUUUUUAUUUGAAGAUGCCAAAGUCACUUUUUAAGAUAUUUAUGUUCACAACAGGAGUGCAUUUCUUCAAAUAACUUUAAAACCACACCACUGAUUGGAGGUUGAUUUGUGUUUGCGUGCCAGAAAAUUGUAAUUGGCAUGGGUGAAAAUAAUAAUCGGGUUGCUUGGCACAUAAUAAUUUUUAGUUUAGCAUUUUCUUCACUUGAAAUGAAGUCUUUAACAGCAAUAAUCCCCCUGAUACCUCAACACACUAGUGUUGUCUCAUUGUGUACACAGGGCACCACUGAGAGAGGGGUGGUUCUCUCUGGUACUGCACAGCUUUACACUGCUACAGAUUUGGAAGUAUGGCAAAACCACAACUAAGAUGAAAUCGAGGCUGGAAUUGAGGGUAAUGUCCUUCGUCAAGCGAUGGGCUACACGGAGUACCGAUUUGACAACUGCUGAGUGAGCGAUUCAGUCUUGAGCUUGAGCAGCUGAUGCUCAUUCUCUCUUGCUUGCCAUGCUCACGUGGUUGGCCAAAAUAUGAUAAUUGUGAGUGCAAUGGCCCACCCUACGGUCGGUCACGAUAAUUUAUUUUGAAUACAAACGAUGUCCUACAUUAUAAUGUUUGGUGUGCUGCCCGAGCAAACAAACUAAAUAUCGAGUAACUUCAUUUUACUCAGCCGCAGGUGAUUUAUUUGAAACACUAAUCACGUGUAUUUAUACUUUUUUUUCAACGAACUAUACACCGCUUCUGUUUUACACUCACAUUUCACAACCAGAGACAUCUUUGAAAGAGUGAGAGGUUGAGGCCAUGCCAGGCAUGUAGAUAUAUAUCGGUGGUGGCUGUAAAAUAUUUAUCCGGCGCUGUGGCUCAGCGGUAGUGCUAUCGGCUCGCACUCGCAAAGAUGCGAGUUUAAAUUCUGGUUGGAGCUUGGCUCGGCCCAUCAUUAUCCAUCCAGGGUCGAUAAAAAGAGUACCACUGUGGGGAGGUCAACAGUGGUUGUCCUAUGGAUAGACUCGCCCCCACCAUAGGAACAUGGAAUUUCCACCACUGACUCAGGGCUGUAAAUGAGAGGUGAGCACCACCUCAUUGCUCAUUUGAGCAAGAAUCACUUUGACUUUGAUCACUGGUGACUGUCAAAUAUCUACCUACAAAUUUAAGUACAGUGUUUGGUCUUUUUAUGUUGAAGGGUGUUCUAAUCACUUUACAGUUAUUUGUGGACUUCCCACACAAGUGUGACGCAGAUCUUUCAUUUUAUAUUUCUCUGCGAAGAAAAAAAAGUUUCACCUCAGUAAUGUAUCUGCAUUUAUUUGAGUAUUUCUUGAAAUAUUAUGUAUGCUGUAAGAUAUUCUCACAGAUUUUGGUGUGUAUUGUUUUUGUCUGGAAAGCCGUCACAACACAUCAAUAAAAAUAUAUAUGUAAACAAAUCAA